AUGGACGUUUAUGACUAUGACCCUACUACACAUUUGAGCGAGAUAUUUGACUCGCCAGAAAUGUUAAGUCAAAUACCACAAGUUUUAUCACACAUUAAUCAGUACAAGUUACAGGUCAACAAGGAUAUUGCUCGACUUAAAAGCAGAUACGAUGCCACUACAAUGUUAGAUAAUGACAUUGAAGAGCUCACAGCUGAUAUACGGGAUGUUAAGCAAAGCGCAAAGUCAACAAAUGCAACAAUAACGCGGAUGACCAGCUCAAUACAAAAUUUGGAUUGCUAUAAAAAGAACUUGGUUUUGUCAAUGACGGUGUUUAAACGAUUGCAAAUGCUCAUUAAUGUAAAUAACAACUUGAAAUCUAUAAUAUCAACUCACAACUAUAGAGAAAUAUACUCGAAAUUGGGGGUAAUGAAGGAAUUGCUAUCAUUUUUCCAGCAGUAUAAAUCGAUUGACAAGAUCAAUCAAAUUCACUUGAUGAUUGUACAUACUCAAAACAAAUUGAUUGAUGAUGUAUUUAUAGACUUUGAGGAGUACUUGAAGCAAGAAAAAAUGGGUGAGAAACAGGAAGCAAAUCUACUAUAUGGAGCAAGAAUAUUAGAAUUGAUCGAUGUAAAAUACAAGAGCAAACUACUCAAUUGGUUUAAUAACUUGCAAUUGAGAGAUUUGAAAAACAUAUUUAGUCAAGCCGAUGAUGAAGCAGGGUCAAUUGAAGGAAUUGGCAGGAGAUUCAUUUAUUUCAACAAGAUACUAAAACAAGUUCAACAAUUGAAGAUUUUUCCUCAAGAAUGGCAAGUUCCGAUUGGCAUCAUUCACGAAUUUUGCAAAAUAACCAAAUACGACUUAACAAAUACGUUACGAAGUAGAAGGUUUAAUUCCGAUGCUCUUAUUGCAAGCUUAACCAAAACGAUUGAGUUUGAAAAACAACUAAAUCUGGAAUUCCCUCAAGAGACUGAGUUUAAUUUGUCAAAAGUGUUUGAACCAUAUUUGUCAAUAUGGGUACAAGAACAAGACAAAUAUUUACAAGCUAAGUUCUUGGAGUUUGCAUCAACUCCGCAAUUACCUGAAGAAUUGAUUAAGGAUAUCAAUGCUAGUGUCCCUAAUAUUGCUGUGACGUCAAUAGAGUUGUUCAAGUUAUUUCAAAAGAUUCUAACCCUGAUUUUGAAGUUAUCUCAUGGAGAAGUAUUGAUACAAUUGGCAAAAAUGUUUAACAAAUAUUUAUUUGAAUAUCUUAAUAGGAUAUUGAUGCCUGUUUUGCCUAGAAAUGAUGAGGAUAUAGUUGGAACUGAAGCUAUAAAGUAUUUAACUAUGUUGUUGAAUACUGCAGAUUACAUCGUGGGCAACAUUGAAGAAAUAAAUGAGAAAUUGCAAUUUGUCAUUCAAGAAGAGCUGAAACUGAAAUUGCCAACCUUGAACAGCGAUAUAUUCUUACAAUUGGUGAAUAAAAGUAUAUCUGCAUUGCUUGUUAAAUUGACAAACGACUACAAGCCCUGCUGGAGGGAAUUUUUCAAUAUUGAUUGGCAGAAUAUGGAGUCAGUUGGUGAUCUUUCUUCUUAUAUGUUUGAUAUCAAGCAAAUAACACAGGACAAUCUAAAAAUGAUUCUUCCAUUAAUUAUCAGAGAUAGUUAUGUGAGAAACUAUAAUGACAAAUUAGUUGAACUCUUAGUCACCACCAUUGCCAACAAUUUGAGAUUUGUUAAGCCAUUAACAAUAACAAGUUUAGAACAAACAUUACUCGAUGUCAUCUCCCUUAAGGAAACGUGCUUGAAGUUUCCCGAAUUUGCUAAUAAGCAAAGCUCAAAAUCGUAUUUGAAAUACGUCAAUACCCAUUUCCAAGAACUUGAAUCUAUUUUGAAAAUCAUUAUGGUUCCCAAUAAACCUAUUGAAAACUAUAUCGAAAGUUAUUUCGAGUUGAUUGGAGGAAGAUCAGUAAGCAAUUUCAUCAAGAUUCUUAAUCUUAAAAAGAUUGAUAAAUCUGUGCAUUAUAAAUACGUAGAUAAUUUCAAGUUGCAGUUGAGUAUUGAUGAUGAUUCUAGCGACCACCCACACCACAUAAACCAGCUAUUGACUAAUCUUGAGGAUGAUGAUAUGAACCAACUUGGCAGUGGCAAUGGCAGUGGCACCGGUGCCUCGGGAGCUAUUAUCGCCGCUAUUCCUGGAAGACUAUCUAGUCCUCCAGCAUCCGGUGUCUCCUCACCAAUGUUGCUACCCAAGAUGAAUCAAUUUGAAAAGAACAUUCGUGAAUUGGCCAUAUCUGGAGAAACUCACGUUAGUAAAUUAAAUGAAAACUUUAGAAAUUUCGGGAAAUUUUUUAGAAAAGACGAACGAUAA